AUGCGACAAGUCGUGAAAAGAGCUAUCAAACCCACUUUUCAACCUUGUUUUUACGCGUUUACUGCACCAAAUUCUGUAGUUUCAACCAUAACUGAAGGCCCUACACCAAGCACUUCCCAGCCACACAAGACCACAACCGAACCCCUAAAAAAGCAAAUCGGUGUAUAUGAUGCAACUUUCGAUGUCGUCAAAACCAUGCUACGUUUAGGACGGCCAAGAAAAGCAUUAACCGAAGCCAAUCAAAGCUUGAGCCGCGAAGACCCCAGUCUUGUGAGACAGCGGUCCAAGUUCUACUCCAAAAUCAUAGACGAAUUCUUGGAAGCUGGGGAAUGGAGCAAAGCGUACGGCCUCUAUUGUCGAAUGAAGGAAGAAGACAUGCCUCACCAGUCUAAAAUCCUUCGAGAACUAAUACGCUCUAGUCUCAGGAUGCCUUCCAAGCCCAUUCAACUCGAAGGAGUUCUCCAAGCCGCCAUAGCUUCAUUAGAAAAAAUCGACGAGCCUGUCCUUUGUGCUGUGCUUGCGCACCUCAUACGUUCACGCACAAGCGACAUGGUGAUCAGAAAGUACUAUCGCAGGUACAAGAAAACACAAACGUCUACCUGGAAACCUAGCUGGCAAAUCUGUGCCUUAAUGUGCCAAUCGGCAGCGCAGCACGGUUUCGACGAUGAGGCGCUCGUUUGGCUCGGGAAAGGAAUCGUAAGAGUCACCGUAUUGUCGAAACAAGGACAAAUGACAGAGGAGAUGGCCACGAGGGCCAAGCAAGAGGUUUUUACCAAGCUACUUGUUGGGUCUGUCGCGUUCGACAAUAGAAGACCCUAUCUUACUGCCGAGCUAAUUAGCAAAAUGCAAAUUGCAGGCGUUCCACCAACUCAAAGAAUAGCAAAUAUAUACAUCAAGCAGUUCCUAGAUCGCGGACGCGUCGAUAAAGCCUUCCACUUCUAUCGUUCAAUGCGACAUUCCACUCCCCCAAUCACACCCAACUCUUUCACAUUUCGUUCCCUAUUUUAUUCCCCUAAUACAACAAGAGAUUGGGCUGCGAUGUCUUUAGGGGGUCGACGCUUAUUCAGAGACAUGCUGCGCCUACACCUUGGCUACACUGACCACCAGCCACACAAGAAAUCAGAUGUUAUCAACACCGAAGUUCUUAAUGCGGCAUUACGAUUCUUUAUGAUCAGAAAUGACUAUGCUGCUGCCACCAUCGCUGUUCGAUCUUUCCCUGUUUGCCGCAUCCCCGCAGAUGCCCGAACAAGGCAUUUCGUCCUAUAUCACCUGCUCAAACGUAUACGAACCGAACUUUCGACACCUUCUCGCAAUAAUACCCUGAGAUGGGCGGACUACAUGCUCGGAGAAGUGGCAAAUUUUUUGGCAGAUAUCCGACACGGCGACCUACUCCGAAAAUUGCUUGCAACAGUGCAGAUGACAACCAGGGCGAUGAUGGCUCACAAAAUAGACGUCAGACCAUUACUUGCCUUGUUACGUAGAGCCCUCCUAGCCACGUCUUGCCAGAUGCCGGGCAAAAAUCCAGAGUUAAAUGAUCGUCUGGUUGGUCGUCUCUUAGAUUCUGCGAAUCGAGAUAUGUUACCGCCUAAAGCUAAGGAUACGGGUUCUUGGUUUAUGACACCAGUAGCUAUAAGGAUAUAA